UAUCAUGGUUGCUGCGCGAUAGGAUUGUACUAAGCACCGCAAAGAGUACUGGCAGCUGAUUUCUCUUUGAGUGACCGGUGUACUACAUAUGUAGUUCAAUGCCGAUGGAUACCUUCAUAUUCUCCCAUCGACUUUUUUCAUGUCGUCCUCCCAGCGGUUUUCUCUUCUCAAUUCAUUGCCGUCCACCCUAGAGCCGCAAUGGCCUCAGGCUAACGAAUCACUCAUAUUGGAACCAUUUUCAUAUAUUACAUCCAAGCCCGGUGAAGACAUCCGCACACUGCUCAUCGAGGCUUUCAACAUAUGGCUUGCGGUCCCUAGCCACCAACUCCAGGUCAUAGACCGUGUCGUUCAAAUGCUACAUAAUGCGAGCUUAAUGCUCGAUGACAUAGAGGACGAUGCGCAGUUGCGAAGGGGACAACCUGUCGCACACAAGAUAUACGGCGUCCCGCAAACUAUCAACACCGCCAACUACGUAUAUUUCUUAGCUUAUAAGGAGCUCUCGAAGCUGAGGAGACCGGGCGGGAGCGCGGACGAGGAUGUGGUGAGGGUGGUAGGCAACAGCGAUUUGGAUUUGGUAGUCACACAGGAGCUUUUAAGUUUACACCGCGGGCAGGGGAUGGAGAUCUUGUGGCGAGAUUUGUUGCAGUGUCCGACGGAGGAAGAGUAUAUCUCUAUGGUCAACAACAAAACGGGAAGUGGAUUUAGGAUAGCUGUUAAGUUGAUGAUGGCGCACGCAACGAAGAACAUCGACAUCGAUUUCGUCCCUCUGGUAAAUAUUUUCGGAGUGUAUGUCCAGAUACGGGAUGACUACAUGAACUUGCAAAGCACAGAGCACAGCGACAACAAGAGCUUUGCCGAAGAUCUUACAGAAGGCAAAUUCUCCUUCCCAAUUGUCCAUGGAGUACGUGCGGAUGAACAGAAUCGAGUUGUUAUGAACGUACUACAAAAACGUCCCACGACACCAACCCUGAAGCAUCACACAGUUGACUACCUCCGCACACAGACAAAGUCGUUUGACUACACGCUCGCGGUGAUGAGCAGCUUGGAGCGGCAGGUCCGGGAGGAGAUUGCACGCCUUGGCGGGAAUCCCCAGCUUGAAAAGAUAUUGGAUGCCCUGCAUGUAGAACAUGAUUUACAUUAUUUGGGUGGGUGUGUAGAUGAAGGAAUUGUACCUUGAAUCGAGAAUGAAUGUUGGACUGGUGGAGUUUCGACGUUAUCUGGGGGGUGCAGGCGGCUCUGCUCGGGGCUGCAUUAGUAAGCAAAUGUACUUAAAAGUCGCCUCGGCCCAGCGAUCUCGAUCGCGCUUAAAGACUUAAGUACUUAUUGAUCGCUCAGUCGCGUCAGUCCCCGACUCCGUU